UUUAAUUAGAUUUAUCAUGAACUUUAAUGACGAUCCCCUGGCGGAACUUCUGAGCGACAACAGCCUGGACAAUGACAACUUUUUCGACACUCCCGCGGGUGGAGGCCACAAGAAACCACCCAAGUCAGCAAAGCCUAAAGGAAAGCUGGAGGAUUUGUUUGGCAUUCAGGAGGAGACGGAGGCGGAUGUGCAGGGGCAGGGGGCGCGAAGCAAACCCAUUGCCACCAGCACGCCAAGAAUUGUUAAGCAGAAGCCUUCCAUUUCCUUGGACGACGAAGCGGCAGACGAUGAUGACUUGGGCUUCGAUCCCAGGCGCCCGAAAAGUGGUGGCGCCAAGAAGAACCUCUUUGACGACCUCCUGUCCAGCAGCGUGGAGCCUAAGAAGAACAUUUUCGAUGAAAUCCUGACGGGCUCCGGCGAUCCCAGUAAGCGUCCUGCCACCGCUAAGCCCUCGAUGUCCCGCCAGUCCACAGACACCACCACGGAUAACUCGCAGGCCAGGCCCAAGACCUCCACGGGGCGAAGAAGCUCCGCCCAAUCAGCCACCAUUAAUGCUGAUCCUCUUGGGCUUUUUGGCAAGGACACGAAUGCCACUGUUUCGGGUAUGUCCACGCCGGUUUCCAGGAAGCGGGGAACAACUGCGGAUUGGCUAGGUCUGGAGGCAGCUGCCGCCUCAGCGGUGGAAGCAGUGGAACAGCUUGAGCAGCUUCCAGUCGCCUCCAAGCCUCAAACCCCCAAGAGACAGCCCUCCACUGAAGUCCCUGCCAAGAACACUGCUGAUAUCCUGCGACUGCCCGACGCUGAGGAAACCGAAGCAGAGCUGGCGCCGGAUCUAGCUGCUCCUCCUGGAUCCUCUGCAGUGACUGCAGCUACACAGAACAUACUGAUGCUCAGCAAUCUCAAUCUGGAGAGCAAUCACAAAUUCAAUGCCCUGCAGCAGCAGGAAGCACAGCUGGUGAUUGCGGCUCAGAUGAAGAACCAGGAGCGCACCUUGCUGGAGAUGCAGCGGCGGCAGGAGAAACAGGAUCGAAGGUUCCAAGCCUUGAUACAGCAGCAGCUGCAGCGCCAACAGCAAAUGGAGGAGCAUAUAAAGGGCCAACAGGAGCGGAUCAACAUGCACAUACAGCUGAUGAUGGCGCAGCCAGUACAUGUCCAGGAGGUUUCCUCUGAACCCGCUGAGAAACGGGAUCAAGACGAAAAGGUGGUAAUAAAGGAGGCCACCAAGGAGCAGGAACACUUUCUUCAGUUGGAAACAGAGGUCAAGCGUAACCAGCUGGAGAAGCAGCGCCUGGAGGAGCUGGUGGCCAACAUGAAGGUGAACUACGAGCAAGAGAUUGAAAUGAUUGAUGCCUCAUACAAAAAACAAAUAAAGGUUCUGGAGGAUCACCUGGCCGCCGUGGAGGAUCGACUUAAAACGGAAAACACCGACCUCCAACAAUAUUACAUUGGGAAAUUGGAGAAGCAGAAAGAGGACUACGUGGAGCAGAUCUCCAACCUCAAGCAAGAUCACGAGGAUAAGGUGCGUAAGCUGCGUCACUCCCAUGAGCUGGACAUCGAAGGGAUUCGACAGGCCAAGAUGCUGGAGCUGGCAGCUGUUCAGGAUCAUAGCAACUACCUUGAGACCCUGCGACUAGCCUCAAGCAAUCUCCAAGAGCUAAGGGAUGGAAUGACUGACACUCAAGAGCGAGAACGUCAGCUAGAGGCUCGCGAGCGUCGCCUGGCCGACCAAGAGCGGCGCUUAAAACUUGAUGAGGAGACAGCCGACGAGGAAAAGCGUCGCCUUAUGGAGCUCGUAAGCACUCUGGAGUUGCAGCUGGGCCGGCUUUCCAAAGACUCGGCCGAGGAGAACUGGCAGCUCCGCCAGCGCAUGGCAAGCUUGGAGGCGGAGCGCAAGGCCUUUGAGCGUGAGAAGGAGUUCCAUCGCGACCAGAUGAAGCGGGAUGAGAAGCGGGUCGAGGAGCUCAAGUCCAUACAGUUAGAGCAGACGGAGCGACUGCAUCAGGACAUUCAGCAGGAGCGCACCCAACUGGCUGUGGAUCGGCAGCAGCUGGAACUAAAGCUCAAACUCCAUGAGCAUGGCGACCUGGACAAGGAUCGUCUGGAGUUGGAGGCCCAACUGAAGGUGGCCCGCGAUGCCAUUCGGCGGGCGGACGAGGAGCGGGAUCGCUGUCACAAGCUGCAGCGCGAGGUGGAGCAUCGCAAGCGCAUCCUGCAGGACAGGGAGAACGCUCUGAAUCUCAAGGAGGACGAACUCGCUCAGGCCAGCGGGGCCUAUCGCAUUGCUACUAGUCGCACCCACAUGGCGGAGCACAAGGCUCGCGAGGCUGACCAGCUUCUCCAGGCAAAGCUGCAGCUAAUGGGAAAGCGGGCCAAUGAGCUCGCCGAGAAGGAGGCGCAGCUGGCGCAGGAGCGAAUGCUCUUGGCUCAGGAUCGCAUAAACCUCCACAAUUUGAAGAAACAAAUUUCUCGCAGCCGGUGUGCUCUCUGCAAAAUGGGAGCGGAUAAUGCUGAGCUAGCUCUGCGCACAGAUCGAGGGAAUAAUACUUUGGCCACCACAGAUCCUCUACUGCUCCAGAUGCAGCCCAGCAAAGCGGAGCUCCUCCUCAAAUUGGCCGCCAGUGAGCCGGGCCAAGUUCAGAGCGAUAUUGUAGACCGAAUGCUGGACGAGAACAUCGAAGCUUCCUAUCGUAGAAUGUACAAUGCGGCACCUAGUAGUUCCCUGGAUGAGCAAGACUUUGGUCUGGCUGGUCGGCUGGACGAUGACUCCAAAGUGGCCAUGGACCACGGAAGAAACCUGGACCUGGAUCAGGAUUUUUUUAAUAACUUUAAAUGA